UUUUUUUUCAGUUGCUGUGAUGAACUGCAUGAAGAUGAUAAGUUUAGUUUAAAUAUACACGCAGCUCGAUAACAUGCACAUAAUUUCCUGGAAAGUAUUUUGGGAGUCUGUGUCACCUCACAGCAAGGUUUUGUGACGUGAGCGAGUUUUGUUAGAUGGGUCAUUUUUAAAAAUGUGUACCUGACAUAGUUUCUAUUGUCAGUCACUGUGGGUUGCAAGCAUGAAAAAGCAGCUGUGAGGUUUUUAUUUGGAAUUCACUUGCUGCAGACGCUUCUGGCUUUAAGGCCAGAGUUUGCAUGCUGUCACUGAAGCCUUCCUGGAAGCCCCUCAUCUGGGUGGGAAGUGUGUCAGAGACCACGUGACCGCCUUGGGGUUUCUCACGAUAUGCUAUAUGUAGGUCUCAAUGAAAUUAGUCAAGUGCCCUUUUUACUGUCAUUGCUGCGGUGGCCUGAUACAAUCCUCCUCGCUCUCUUCUCGGAUGUUAAAGCGCUAACCACUAAACCACGCAAAGCCUGAAUCAUUAUGGCCCCUUUGCAUCGUAGAGGCGAGUCUGAGAUGAGUGUGCUUGCAUUAUUGUGAUAACGAAGACGAUCAUCUGUAAACUGAGCUACUCUUCGAAUGAGGAAUCUGCUACUAGUAGUUUUUAAGUGUGCAACUUGUUGCCUCGCCUGGUAUUUAGAGCUCAAGAGCGGCACAGAGCACGUAAGCAGAGGACAGAUAACAGCCGUGCCCCUCUCUGAGCCGUGAGGCCUAAUUAUUACUAGCACUGACUGUUUUCUUCAGCCUCCUGGCAGCUCGGUUUAGUGACAACGACGGGCCUUAUCUGCUAACGCAGGUUGACAUCCAGCUCUUCGACAGGCCAUUUCCCCUCUGCUCCCCACGCCUGUGCGCUGCCGGGAAGGAAAAUGGUCUCAGUCCAGAUUGAGAUGUUAAGCGCUCGGGAAUGACGUCUUCCAAAUGAAUGAGAUAUUAAAGAAUCAGCUUUCUCCUUUACUUCCUCCCACGUUGCUGAUUGACCCUCCUUAUAAACUGACCACACACCCAGCUGUGGGGUCAGGCAUGCAAGCAAUUCAGUUCAGUUUUGUUUACACAGCGCCAAAUCACAACAGCAGUCGCCUCAAUGUGCUUUAAAUUGUAGUGUAAAGAAUCUACAAUAACAACCGCCUUUGACCCCUUGGCAACAGUGGAAAGGAAAAGCUCCACUUCAAGCAGAGCUAGGUUCAAGGAGGGGCAACCAUUUGACUAGUUGGGGGUGAGGGGAGGGAGAAGAGACAAGCUGUGGAAGAGAGGCAGUGAUUAAAAAUAACUAAGGAUUAAAAAACAAAAAAUAAGGUCCAUGUGUGACUUUCAAGCCAGUUCACAGCUACAUCUGUUAAAUUGUAUGAUGACUGUUUGUGGUAAGUAACACAGUCACAACUCUACAUGCAAUGUUAUGCACACUGAACAUUUUCAGUAAGCCAAGAAAAUACAAGACAUGAGAUGUGUUCAAGAUAUUCUAGCUUCUUCACAAACACACACAGCUGAUCUUCUGUUGUAAACCUCAAACCAGUGGAUGAGCUUAUUUCCAAGGACUGUCAAGUGACUUCUUUUGAAGUAAAACAUGAAACAGAGCUAUUGAUCUAAUAAUAAAAACAAAAAAGAAAAAGAAACUGGGCCACGGGUGCACGUCAGCCAUCAAUAAUGCACAGGGUUGGCAUUUGGUUUGUUUUGCUGUUGCCCUGCCAUCAGUGAAGCAUCGCUGCUCUUCCUGCAGCUGAGGAAGCAGCGGUGGUUUAACACAGCGGAGGUCUGUGAGGACGUGAGCAGCAUGAGGGGAAAUGAGGGGUAACUGAUCAUCACAGAUCUGGACAUGUCAUUUUUUCAUGACAUCCUGUGCCGCCGAGCAACUAUUUACGUCAUCCCGGGUAUUCUUGGAGAUAAGAAGGUUAUUUUAAAUCAUUCAAGUAGAAAUACUACAAGUAGCUUUCUGAUGUGGAAAGGGGAAUCUCCGCUGCUCGCGAAAUAACCUUGCUAUCUCCCUUAUUUUAAUCUUUCAGUUCCAGAAGACGAAAGAGACGAUCUGAGGGUUGGGCCCAGUGAGGGGGAGGACUAAAGAGGAGAGGAGGAGGAGACAGGAGUGAAAAAAGAAAACUGUGAAGCAGAGAGGAGAGACAGAGAGAGCAGGACCUGUGACAGUGACAGAAGACCUGAACCAGUAUUUCUUUCUUUUUUUAAUUCAAAAACAUGGAUUUAAGUUUGCUUCAAGUUAUGGAGAGAGAGAGCAUCCUGGAGGUUCUUCGGAGAGACAAACAGAUGCGAGCAAUCGAAGAAGACAGGAUCAGGAGGAUGAAAUACGACCUGCAGGAGCUCCGAAGGAAGGGUGCAAAGAGCUAUGCCCGGCAGUACGGCGAGCGGACCUGCGCCCGAUGCCAGAGGCCGCUGGGAAAGUUCUGGAACUCUGGCGCAGUCUGCCGCGGCUGCAGCCACCGCAUCUGCAACAAGUGUCGUGUGGGAGCAGCGAUCUGGAAGUGCACGGUCUGCCACGCAUACAGGGAUGUAAAAAUCAAGUCCGGAGAAUGGUUUCUAGAAGAAAAGUCAAAGAAAUUUCCAGUCACCACAGACAAAUAUGAGACGGUUGGGGAGAAUCUACUGAAGACCUACAAUGUGCUGAGUCAUAUAUCCAUUGUGCCUCCCACUCCUCCACCUCACUUGGAUUAUCACUUCCUGAGCAGAUCUGGGGAUUGGAAAAACUCAAAGCCUUUCACCAAAUCUGUGGAAAAUCUAAUGGUUUCCUUCACGAGUCACAUUAAAAAGAUUUCCAAUUCUCAAAACGACGUCCGUGAAGAUCUGCUGAAGGUCGACAACAGAUGGAGAGGCUCGAGCUUUACCCACUCCACCCAAAAGAGCCUGUCCGACACAGACAUAAACAAAUCGAGCACGCUCUUCAAAGUCCCAAGUCUUCCAAACCUGUUCAAGAAAAGCAAAGACAGCGACCAGGAGGGCUCCUCCACCGGGGCAGAGGACGAGACCUCAUUCGGUUCUGAGUACUCUGAAGGGAAGAGAGGCAGCUGCAGCAGCACCAGCACAGAGUUGGGCUUUGAGAGCGUUUCUGUGACCGGAGAACUGGAGCUGGCUCUGGCCUUCAACACCAACACCUCCCGUCUGGAGAUCACAGUCGGCACCUGCAGAAACCUGUCCUACGGAGACAGCAAGAAGAGGAAGUGUCACCCAUACGUGAAAAUCUACGUGCUGCCGGACAAGAGCUGCAAACUGAAGACUUCAGUGAAGAAGAACACGACUGAUCCGGUUUACAAUGAAGUUUUGAAGUAUGGCAUACAGCGCAACAUGCUCAUUGGAAAGAGGCUACAGGCGACUGUGUGGCACUCAGGUACCCUGAAAAGGAAAGUUUUUCUUGGUGAAGUCCUCAUCCCUCUGGACGGCUGGAGAUUUGAAGACAAGGCAUUCCAGUGCUUUAACUGGUAUCCACUGUGUCCGAAGGUAAAAUGGAGCACGGCAGAAAAGAUUUGUUUAUUAUUGCUGAAGACUUUUGCCUGUAUGGCUGAUAUGGAAGUGGUUUUCUAUAAAAUCUCCUUCCUGUGUCCUUCAGCCUGAAAGACAAAACGGAGGUGAUCAGGAGUGAGGAGAACCACUGGCCGGAGUCAUGGUGAGUUUGUAGCUUGCUUAAAUGUCUGUCUAGCGCUUUGUUUUCGUCAGGCUUGUGUAGUUCAUGUGUUUUUUAGUUCAUACGUAGUAGGUGGUGUAGUACAAGUGGGACAGUGAUUCUGAAAGCUGUAAUUUACAAGGUGUAUGUACGUGAGUUUGAGGUCACAUAGUCGAGCACAAGCGUAAACCUAUCAGAUCAGCUGAUCUGGGUCACCUGAUACCUUUUUAUUCAUUUAAAUUGGCAAAUUAAAUCAUACAGGGCAAUAUUAAAGCUGCUUUGGCCUGCAAACCACUUUGCAACCCACUUACACCUACACUCAUCUCUGCCAGUGUCCCCAGAACAAAUAUUUUAAUAUAUGUCAAAUAUAAAUGAUUUAAUAUUGAAAUAAAAGUUUUCUUCUGACUAAAGGUUACUUUAUUUGCUAGUGAUAUCAUGUUGUUCGAAAUCCUCCAGGUGGUUUUCUGGUGUGGUUAUCAAGUGGGCUGAGGUGCGAGCUAUGAAAACCACUAUUUUAAGAGAACGUCAUCAACACUUUUCAGAAAAGGCUGGUCAGGGUCUACUAAUAAAAAUGAAAUAAAAUAAGUAAAAAAAAAUAUUUUUUUAUUUAAGUGAGCUGUAAUUGAGUUUAAUAUAAUUUUUAAAGGCACAUUUCAAGAGCCUUAACCUUUUAGGUGCAUUCAUUUUGGCACUAGGGGUCAGGAGAGGAUCUGUUUUGGAUACCUUGUGUUGUCCUUUAAGGCAAACUGGGCCACAUAGCAAUGAUCCACUAACCGUCCUUCACACCUUCCCAUUAGUGUAAACAUGACUCAGAGUGUAAAUACAUGUCAUUGUGGCCCUGUGUGCCUCCUUGUGUGCGCAGGCCUCAGGUGUGCUAUGUGUGUUCUGGUGUGUGACUUUUUGAACGCAAGUGUAAUUGUUCAACAUUGUUCAACAAGCAUGAGGGAGUGUUUACAUAACUCGUGUGUUUGUGUAUGUACGUGUCUCAUUUAGGCGUCUGACUGAGAGCCAGCAGAGAGCUCAUCCACAAGACGCCCAUUUCUAAAAAAAAGAGGGAGACUGAAGUCCUCCACUGCUGCUCGUCCAGGACGUCACUCUGUGGGAUCAAAGCACCUCCUGCCUCUCUGAGGCACCAUAAUGGGGACUUGAAUGGAACAAUAACAGCAGAGAUCCACUUCUGAACAUCCUCUGUGGAAACACUUUAAUGCCGCCUGUGAAGCAUCUACAAUCGUUAUGAAUGUAUACACCACCUCAAGCAAAGCAGUUGUGAUUAAUUAAUAUUUUUUUGCAUUAUAGAACAGACUAUAAAAAAAUCUAUUGCUUUAUAGAAACAUUAUUAUUUAUGCUUGUUAUAUUUAUUUAGCUUUCUGUUUCUUUUUUUUUUAUCUGCUAAGCACCUUGAAACUUGAAAAAAUCAAGUUACAGUCUAUAACCAUCGGCUCCAAGUCUGUUUAAUAAUUACUUUAUAAUAUCCUGUGCUGCAGUUUUAAGCUAAAGAAAGAUUGGAUAAGCCAGCUUCCUGAUGGAGGUUGUACCUAACAUACCGACAUAUUUGUUUAUUAACUGCUUGUGGAUGCUUCAUAGUUGCAGACGGCUAGCACGUACAAUUUUAUUGCUUUAUAAAUGUUAAACAGUUAAAGUGAUGCCACUUCCGUUCAAGGCCUCUCUGCUGACAUUCGUCGAUCCGUUCAGACCCAUUUUCCCCGUUAAUGCGAUGUUCUUCUGUCAGAGGAGAGCAGCAACAAAACGUCCAUGCAAAUAAAAUUAGUGGAAGAGACGCUAAGCUAACGUUACUGACAAAUGAAAUCUGGAGCCACACCCGGCGGUGGAGCGGAAGCAGUUUGAGUUGCUUCAGACACACACGCACAGACACACCACACAGCGGCUCUUCGAGUACAAAGACACGUUUCUUGUCUCUGUGGACGCGGCGUGGGAAAGCAGCAGCAGAAGAAGAGAAGGAAUAAGGCGGUUUCUGUGCCGGGAGCAGUGAUGUCACUGACCUGGAAUUCUGUUGACUCCGCGUUCUCCCGGCUCACCAUGGCAACUGGAGGCUCACCAGGUUAAGCGUGACGUCAGCUCGCCUGCGUCAACAGGUGGAGAAAUUGACGCCAGCAGCGGCGCAGGCCGCUUACAGACUCAUUGUAUUUAUUUAUUUAUUUAUUUAUUUAUUUUUGUUUACAUCCAGCACUUUAAGACGCUCAUUUAGCAUUCAACUAUUUACAGUGUAUGUGUAGUAUAGCUGUCAGAUAAUAAGUCGAUCAGCUUCCACGUGCAUGUCUGUUUUCGUUUUUUGUCAUUUUAUUUAUUUUUCUGUCACACUGAAUUGCUUUUGUAAAAAUAAAAGUAUCUGAAUAUGAAUCAAAACAACGUGAGAGAGUCCUGACAUGCUGAUAUUAUAAAUAUAAAGCUCUACUUUUUGGGAAGCAUUUAGCGUGUCUGACUUCAUUUUAGAGCUCAUCUUGAAAGGAAAUUUCUGCAUCAAGUUUCAUUUUCAAUUCAUUGAACAUCUGGUGAGUUCUUUUAUUCAAAAACACAAACAUCAAUCUCACAACAUCCCAAGCCAGAACCAGUCCCAACUCUAUGGACUACCUUUUCAUACAGUUUGGCUUUGUAAUGCCAACGCCUGACAAAGCUAUUAUCAUCAGCGCCCAGCAGUCGUUGUUUGGGAGAACAUGAAAAUUGAUACAACCUCCAAAGCAAUCCAUCCUGUCAUCCUGGUCUGUCUUUAACAUGGUAAACCCAGAACAAUGACAGAAUGACCAGAAAAUUCUAAUAUUUUUUUGAAAAUUGAUUUUAUUGAACCUCCUGACAAAUAUAUAUAUUUAUAUUAAUUUGCAUAUAUGAGUUUUAAUUUGUAUCAGAUAUGAUACACUUGGCUUUACAUGGUUAAAC